UAGUUAUAUCUGUGGCGUGGAAGUCGUGCCCUGUGAAUGUACAUGAAAGUGCAAAGCCGGUUUACGUAUUUAAUUUAGGAAAAAAAUGAACUUAUUUUUAACAAAAAACGGCAUCGGAUUUACACUUCUCUACCACAUAAUAGUUGGCCUAUUUGGUCUUGCUGACAGUGGUGCUCUACAGCUUACACAGGCAAAUUUAGACAUAACAUUAGCUUCCAAUGAGUUGGUUCUCAUCAAUUUUUAUGCAGAUUGGUGCCGUUUCAGUAACAUGCUGGCACCAAUAUUUGAUGAUGCAGCAGAUAAAGUAGCUGCAGAGUUUCCAGAACCUGGACAGGUUGUAAUGGGGAAAGUUGACUGUGAUAGAGAAGGUGCAGUUGCAUCUAGAUUUCACAUUACAAAAUAUCCAACACUAAAAGUAAUUCGUAAUGGCCAGCCCACCAAAAGAGAAUACAGAGGGCAGAGAUCGACUGAGGCAUUUGUUUCUUAUAUUAAGAAACAACUUGCUGAUCCAGUCAUAGAGUUCAAAAGCUUGAAGGACCUCCAGGACUUAGACGAAAAAAAAAGAGUUGUAAUUGGUUAUUUUGAUCGGAAGGAUGUACCAGAAUAUACUGUUUUUAGAAGAGUUGCAACUAAUUUGAAAGAGGACUGCCAGUUCUAUGUUGGCUUUGGUGAUGCAAGUGCACAGAUGCACCCACCUGGUCAACCAAUUGUUGCCUUCCGACCAGAUAAGGCACGUUCCAAUGAAGAAGAUGAGACAUUCAAGGGAAAUCUGAGUGUCUAUGAUGAAUUCAACAUAUGGGCAUCAGAAAAAUGUGUGCCGCUAGUCAGAGAGAUUACAUUUGAAAAUGCUGAAGAACUAACUGAAGAGGGACUUCCAUUUUUAAUUUUGUUUCACAACCCAGAUGACAAUGAAAUAGUGAAAAAAUUCAAUGAUGUUGUCCAGUCAGAACUUCUAUCUGAAAAACAUUCCAUCAACUUCUUGACAGCCGAUGGAGUAAAAUUUACUCAUCCACUACAUCAUCUAGGUAAAACGUUGAGUGACCUGCCCUUAAUAGCAAUUGACAGUUUUAAACAUAUGUACCUAUUCCCAGACAUCAAAGACAUGGAAAGACCAGGAAAGUUAAAACAGUUUCUAAAUGACUUGCAUACGGGGAAACUGCAUAGAGAGUUCCAUUAUGGACCUGAUCCUGUAACUGACCCACCACGAGUUGAUGGCAGUAGUGGAAGCAGUAGCACAACCAGCAAGAAACCUACAACACCACCAGAAUCAACCUUUAAGAAGCUAGCACCAUCCAAAAACCGUUAUACUCUGUUAAGAGAUGAAUUGUAAAGCAUUGUAGUGAUGAACACAAUUUUAAAUGUGAGUGAACGAUUGAAACUUUGUCAAGCCUGGUAAGUGGAGACAACAGAACUGGAAAUGCUACAGCCAAUAAAUGAGUGAACUAUUGGAUAUUGAACCUUAAUUUUAUUUUGUGUUAAAAAAGUAACCCUCAGACAGUGUUUUAGAUUUUGUUUACAUAUUGUUGAACAUGGAUGUAAUCACAUCACAGCUAAGAACCAUAUUGGUGUCUCUUAGCACUUGACACUUGUGAAUAUUUAAAUUAAAUGUAUACAUUGGUAAAAUGGCAUAUGUCUUACUUUGUGUGUUGUAAAUGGGGUUGGCCACCAAACAGGGACAAUGAUCCUGACCUUGAACUUGUAAUUCUUUUUGUCCCCAAGAGUAACACUGAUAUGAUUUCUCCAGAUUCAAUGUACAUAAAAUGAAUUGUGUCCUUUUGAUCUCGGUUUAGUGGCUAUUGGUUUCAAUUUAGAUAAAUGCCUGCUAAAUACUGAUGGAUUGUGUAGUAAAAUACGGAACUGAGUGAGCAUAGUGGAUUUGUCUGAAUGAAAUUUGCCACAGAUCGAGGAUGUAGUCAGUUUCACUAACUGGUUACUCUUGAGUGUUGUUAUAAUUGAGUGAUUGCUGUCCGCUUGUGCAAUGAUUGUUUUUUUCCUCUCCAUAAUUUAUUGUACUUUAAUAUGUUAUUACUUAGAGCUUGUUGUAUAGAAACGGUUAUCAGUAAUGUCACUUUGUUGAAAAAUUAAUAGUCUAAAUUUGUAAUAUUUUGAUUUCAUAAAUGUUGUAUGGUGCAGUGUGUGUUAUGUUGAACAACUGCAGGGUGAUGCUGAGUAAAUACUGCAAAUAUUGAAGGGAAGGGAAGAAAAAUUCAUGUCGCCAAUUCAGAGCAAAGGAAAGGGCAGCCUCUGGCCGCUUCUAAUUCACUGUAACUGUCUAUAACAAAGUUUAGUGUUAUUAGUUCAGACACAUCUGAUGCAGAUAAAUAAAGUUACUUGAAGUACUGUAAAAAUAUUACUGAAAAAUUCAAUGUGUGUGGUUUGGAUUUAUAUAUUAAUACUAUUAAUUGUUCAGUUAAUUGAGAGCUGCAGUUUAGGAAACCAGUUGAUCUAUGACAAAAAUUAUUUACUUGGCUGCCUGUCAAUAAUAAUAAUAAUAUCAUCAUCAUUUUCCUUCCUUUCAUGGUGGUCACACAACAGCAGCAACCCUUGAGAUUGAAUAUAGUACAUUUCCCUUCACUAAAAUCUGAAAAUUAGGUCUAUGUUUCCGUAACCUAUUUCUCCGACAUAAGAUGAGAUAACUUACAUGUGUACAUGUUAAGGAAACACAUCAAAAUAAAAAGAACUGUAUUUGAUUGUAACUGUUAAGAGUAUGAAUCACUUUUCUUCACAGGGAAGAUGUGGGAAUGUUUGUGCAGUUUGAUGCAUUACCAACAAUGGGAAGCGACAACACAAUUUGUUUAAAAAUUGUGUGACCUUAGAAGAGAAAUGUAUAAAAUAUAUUUUUCCAUCUAGAUGUAAAUAAAGUGAAUGAAUAAAAAUGUACAGUUGUUCAUGUUA